AUGGCUGGACUCGGGGCUUGUCUUCUCACCACGCUGAUCUCAGUGAUCAGUCUGACUGCAGCUGAAGAAGCCUAUCUGACAUCCCUCCAUGGAUGGCACUACUACAAGGUACGUGCUUCAGGGACGAUGACGUCAGCUAACAUCAAGAGUACGUGUGAAGCGGCUGGGUACAUCAUGCCCUGUCCGUCGGCCGCGGAACCAACGUGUUCAGCUACAUCCUCGACUUGUGUGGACACAGGUCUGGGGACAUGUAACUACCCAAUGAACAGUAUCUCCCAGGUUCUGUGUGGAGAUUAUGCAACACGAUGCCCUGCAAUGGAUGGCACAUUUGCCUAUUACAGCACCUACGGGGGCGGGGCUAUCGGUGUCCAGCCAAUCACUAGGCCAGGUUCUUGGCUCACUGGCGCAGACUACAGCAACCAGUUCGCCCUAUGUGCAAAGGUUCUAAAUGCUGACAAGUGCUUCCAACUGUCAGAGGAACCCAAAGCCCAUCAGGAUGCCGAGGGACAGUGCGGUACUCUGGGAGGAACUCUGGCCGGAGUGAAGACCGUGGCUGAACAGGAGUUCCUGGCUGACCAGAUCCGGCUGGGGACGGACAUGUCCCACUGGGUCGGUCUCAAGAACGGACAGGAACACUUCCUGUACACCGACCUCUCCACCAUGAGCUCUAACCUACGCUGGAUGUCUGGAAAGCCUGAACACCUGUGUGCGCUGCUGGAUAAGAACGGGAACUACGACCUGAACGCGGACUUCUGUACGGUACAGUACAACUACGUCUGUGAAUCCAACGUCGUCUCCUGCAAACAAAACGUCUGUCUGAACGGAGGAAACUGUACCUCCUGCUUCAACGAGACUUACGCCUACUGUGACUGCGCACCAGGGUUUGUGGGAGACCGCUGUGAGAUCAGUUACGGGCGUGCAGACGCAGACCUGUACCGCUGUGAGAGUUUCUCCUGUCCGUACGGCUGGUCCUGUCAGGACAGGGGACCGCUCUCCUUCAUGUGUGGCACAAAGGCCUAGAGUCCCAC